AUGCGCGACACACAGCGUGCUUUGCUGGCCGUGGAGCGGCUGCAGGAGCGGCUGAAGAAGAAGGGAGAACUACCUACUGAGGAAAAACUCAGUCUGCUCAAGAGUGUCUUACAGAGUCCCCUGUUUCACCAGAUACUCAUUAUGCAAGACACCGGACAACAGCAUCAGCAACAACAGGUUUCCCCCAGAAUGCCUCCUUCUCAGUCACUAAGUGUUGAUGCAGAUGUUGUGAGCUCAUCCCAUCCCUCAUGCACACUGAGAUACAGAGACUCUUAUCUCUCAGCACAGCGGCGAAAUGACCGAUGUCAAUCCUCCAGUCAUGUGACCUUUGGCCCUUGCAUCACUGUGGACAUUUCUCUGCUGCAGUCCAUGGCCAAGGGUCGGUCUGUGCUAAGUUUUGACCUGGAGAAGGGUGCAAGUGCUUUAGGCAUCAGCAUUGUUGGAAUGGAUGCUGAAGGCAGUGGAGGUCAUGGUAUCUUCAUACAGAAGAUCCUGCCAGACUCUGUAGCAUACAGUGAUGGACGUCUGCAUGAGGGUGAUCAGAUUCUAGCAGUGAAUGGAAAGCUGUUUGAAUCCUCUGUGACUCAAGAACAAGCUCUCCAGGUUCUUCAAGAUGCUCCUUCUGUGGUAACAUUAAUUAUAGCCAGGGAACCAGCCCCAUCAUUCAGCCCCCCACAGCCUCGACAACUUCAUCAUAUUGAGCUGCAGAAUGACGGAUCGGGUCUGGGCUUCGGCAUCAUUGGAGGGAGGAGUACUGGCACCAUGGUAAAAACCAUCCUACCUGAUGGUGUAGCUGGAAGGGACGGGAGAUUGCGCAGUGGAGAUCUGCUCCUCAGAAUCGGUGAUGUGGAUGUGUCCACUAUGGGCAGUGAGGAAGUGGCACGUGAGCUCCGUCUUGCUGGUCCCCGUGUGAGACUUAUCAUUGCCAGAGAAACCACUGAUGGUGACCUUUCACCUUCCAUCACCCAGCUACAGGGUUUAGCAGAGAAAAAGGAAAAAGAGUUCGGUAUCAGAUUCAGUAACAACAAAAACGGUUUCAGCAUCUCCAGAUCUCUGGAUAACCUGGACAAAGAGUCCAGUGGGUUUGAAAUAAAGAGCAUACUGAAAGGAAAAGCCGUGAAUCCGGAUGAACAAAUUCACACCAGAGAUCACAUCAUUGCUAGAAAGAGCUCAACAUCUGGAGCACAGACAGCGUCCUCCAUCUCUCAGAGAGACUCAAGCCCUCUGGGGCUUCUUCCCCCUCCGCUGCCUCCACGUCUGCCCGAAACGAAGCCAGUCCUGCCCCCAGGGAAAGUCUUCUACACUGAACGCCGGGACCUCAACUUCAACAGAGAGUGCACUUCUGUGUCUGUUCGUCCUUUGUGUGACCUCAGUGGAGUCAACGCCAAGCUGUUAUUUAAAGUCCAACAUGGGGAACAGAAACAACAUUGUUUCACAGUUUGCAAACUGCCUGAUGAAGAGGAUAUAUUGAAGAAGAAGUGGCAAAGCAAGCUGGGUCCUCAAUAUGAAGUCAUGGUGGCCCAGGUACAGAAACUGACUGAGAGCAGCGGUCUUGGUGUGAGUUUGGAGGCUAAGGAAGGUCAUCAUUAUAUCUGCUCUUUACUGCCAGAGGGUCCGAUCGGACAGACGGGAAUCAUUCAUCCUGGAGACGAACUGCUAGAGGUGAACGGCUUCUCUCUGAUUGGUGAGACACACAAGGAAGUUGUGAGCUUGUUGAAGGAACUUCCUGUGAAUGUUUGUGUGGUUUGCAGUCGUCUCAUCCCACCCACAGCCAGUGAUGAAGAUGAUGAUGAUGAUGAUGUACAACUCAACCUCAAAAAGCUAUUAGCAGAAUUUAAUGAAAAGGCCGAGCAAAACUGGUCUGCAUGCAGAGAGGAAGAAUGGAGGACAGAGGCUCCUAUGCUUUCCCAUCAGGCCAUGUGGGAGAGCCAGAUUCAAGUUUAUGAGCUGCAGAAAGGCGAUUCUGGUCUGGGAUUCAGCAUACUAGACUACCAGGACCCCAUGAACCCAGGGCAUACUGUGAUAGUGAUCCGCUCUCUUGUAGCAGGCGGUUUGGCAGAAAGAGAUGGCCGCUUGCUGCCAGGCGACCGGUUGAUGUUCGUGAACGGGACUGACUUGAGCCACGCGAGUCUGGAUCAGGCCGUCCGCAUCCUGAAGAGCACUGCUUUGGGAAUCGUACGCAUCGGAGUCACCAAACCCUUAACGGAGAAUGAGACUCAGGACGCAGAAGAUGAUGUAACUGUCAGCGUUCACUCCGAACAUUACAACCAGCACAACACUUUGCAGACAAAUUCUCCCUCUCAGAACAGCAGGAUGGAGACUGACGCUAAACACGUCUCCAUCCCUUCAAGCGGCUAUGAGAGAAGCAUUACUAUAGUCAGGGGAAACUCCAGUCUGGGAAUGACAGUGAGUGCCUUAAGGGAUGGUUCAGGCAUGAUAAUCCGCUCUGUGGUUCAUGGCGGGUCGAUCAGUAAAGACGGGAGACUGGCGAUUGGGGAUGGAAUUGUUGCCAUCAAUGGAGAAUCCACCACCAACCUGACCAACGCACAAGCCAGAGCUAUGCUGCGCAGACAUUCACUGAUUGGACCUGAUCUCAGCGUGAUGUAUGUACCUGCUGCCUUCCUGGACAUGCACAGAGCCAGCUAUAGCCAAUCAAAAGAGGAAAUAGAAACCCACAGAACAGCUUCAGUCCAACCCAAGCACUCACAGAACCUGCCGUUCAAACCUCUAGAAUGCAUUUCUGAACAACAGAGUACAGUGGACGGUAAAGGAGUGAACGGAAAGACUCAAGCUGAAGAAGAGAAAGAAAGAAUAGAUAACCACAGCCAAGUAAGACUAAGAGAGAGCGAUGAAAGACUGGAAAGAGCCAAAAAGGUGAAGAAUGAAGAAGCGGCCUUGCGGAGUGAGAACGGACAAAGACGAGAGAGAGAAAAAGAUGACGAAGAGACACACGGAAAAGAUCAUAGCUCGUGGAGUCAGCCUAGAAGAGUCACAUUAUUCAGGGCUGGGGCCACGAGUCUGGGCUUCAGUGUGGUGGGGGGUCGUGGCAUGGGCAGUCGACUCAGCAAUGGAGAAAUGAGACGCGGCAUCUUCAUAAAACACAUCGCAGAGGACAGCCCAGCUGCAUGCAACAGCGCCCUGAAAGAAGGAGACCGAAUUCUUCAGGUUCAAGGUGUAGAUGUGAGUGAUUUCACUCAUGAAGAAGCCGUUGAGGCGAUCCGUAGAGCAGGAGACAGAGUCCAACUACUAGUGCAGAGUCCUCAACUUUCAGCUCCUGACAACUGCCCUGAAGAUCACGAUGCAUCGAAAUCUAAUUCUCAAACUCAUCAGGAGCCCGAAAUCCCUAGUAAUCAUUCCCCAACCUACCCCUUCAGUCCCAUCCCCUUUAAGCGAACAGAAGCCUGGAAGAUGGGGAAGCCUCCACAUGUAGCUCCAUCACUCCUGAAACUGACAUCUAAACACAUGGAGACAGAAACUGAUGGAGUGCCAGAAGAGGUUUCACAUCAUCACAGCGAGCCGGAGCAGACCUCUUACUGGAGCCGCAUGCAGCAGAGGUAUGGCCGUCUGCCUGGAGAGCUGCACAUGUUUGAUCUGGACUGUGGCGCUCACGGCUCUGGACUGGGAUUGUGUUUGUCGGGAAACAGAGAUGGAGCUCGUGGUCGGAUGAGUGUGUACGUGUCAGAAAUCAAACCGGACGGGGCUGUGGCCGCAGAUGGUCGGGUCAGAGUGGGAGAUGAACUACUGGAGAUAAAUGGUCAAGUGCUGUAUGGACGCAGUCACCAGAAUGCAACAGCAAUCAUCAACAACGCUCCAGUUAAAGUCAGGAUUCUGCUCACAAGGAAUAAAGCUGCACAGAAACAGAUGACUACAGGACCAGCAUAUGAGAUGCACAACUGUCCUGUUAUAUCUCCAGUCUUGCUCAGAGAAGGUCAACAUUCAGUAUUAUUGCAGGAUGGAGGGAUCAGCAGAGAGAAUAAACUCAACAUCGGUCUUCCUGCCACAUCCAAUCACAAGCCCUCCUGUCAUCCUGCCAGUCACAUGACUCCCAGCCACUGUACGCCUUCGUCAGCUGAUCCCACAGCCAAUCAGAGCUCUUCUUACUUGGCCCGCUGUUCUGUGACCUCUGACCCCCUAACGAGUCCAAUCAUAACUGGCUGUAUGAACAUCAUUGAUAUCUGCAAGGGCACUGCGGGGCUCGGCCUCAGCAUAGUAGGAGGCUGCAACACAGUGCUGGGCGUAAUAGUGAUUCAUGAAGUGAAUAAAGAUGGUGCGGCAUACAGAGAUGGUCGGCUGUGUUCUGGAGAUCAUAUUCUAGAGGUGAACGGCAUUGAUCUGAGAAUGGCCACUCAUGAGGAGGCCUUGAGCGUCCUGCGCUUGAGUCCGCAGCGAGUGCGCUUGUGCAUCUACAGAGACCUUGGGAUAGAAAACCACUGCACACACGUCCUCCAGAACCGCACACCUGGGGACAUGUGGGACCUCUUCGGUGUGGAACUAAACCUCAAAACAGGACAGGAACUGGGGCUUUGCAUUGUGGGUAAAAGAAAUGACAUUGGAAUCUUUGUCUCUGAGAUAAAAAGGGGAGGGGCUGCAGACUUGGAUGGAAGACUGUUACUAGGUGACCAGAUUCUGUCUGUGAAUGGAGAGGACGUGCGAGCUGCAUCACAGGACUAUGCAAGCGCACUUCUGCAGAGCUGUAGUGGGUCUGUGCUGUUGGAGGUGGCUCGUUUUAAAGCUUCAUCACACUACUCGUAUGGAGAUCAGGUGGACGAGCUGGACGUCCCUCUUCUCACCUCGUUCAGCACAUAUGAUUCUGUGGAUGAGAACGUGGACAUCAGAACGGUCACCGUUCAGAAGUGUGAGUGUGAGUCUAUGGAGCUGAGAUUGAGAGAUGGAAUAAUUUAUAUCUCUAACCUGGACCCGACCACAUCUGCAGCGCGCACUGGACUUCUGCAGCUGGGUGCCAGGGUCAUCAGCAUUAACGGGACAUCGACAGAACGUCUCUCUGAUACUGAAGCAAGUGUUCUCCUGAGAAACAGCAGCGGAGCCGUCACACUGCAGGUGAUGCCGAGUGGCUGUUCAGAUGGAGCUAGUAAAGAUCAAGCAUCUUUAAUUCACUCCUCACCUGGAGUCAACACUACACACAACCAACACAGUUCUCCCCAGCUCCAGACUAUCACUCUUGAACGCGGCGCUGCUGGACUUGGCUUCAGUAUUGUGGGAGGAUUUGGCAGUUCUCAUGGUGACUUGCCAAUCUACGUCAAGAGCAUAUUUCCCAAGGGAGCCGCGGUGGAGGACAGGCGUCUGCGUCGCGGUGAUCAGCUGCUGAAAGUAAAUGGAAAGAGUCUGGAGGGUGUCACUCAUUCAGAAGCCGUCGAGCUCCUUAGACAAACCAGUGGGACUCUUACUCUACAAGUACUCUCAAAAACACUUCCAACAUGCUGA